AUGAUUGACGAAGUUGGGUGCGAUGCAGUCAGUUCUAUGGCGGACGCUUGCGAAGAAAAUGGCGUUCUUGCUAACUGGAGGACAUCAGAGUUUUGUCCUAUAUUAUGUCCCAGUGUAAAUACCACUUACAGUUACCGCAUGACAGGAUGUCCAGCCACCUGCUUUGAUCCUGAUGCUCCCAAGAGUUGUAAUCAGCCGGAUAGGGAGGGUUGUCAGUGUGUCCCAGGACUUUUGCUGAGUGACAACGUUUGUGUAGAACCGUCCAGAUGUGGUUGCAAAGAUCCAAAUGGAAACUAUCUUCCUGUUGGCGCCAAGAAAAUGUCACCCGACUGUCGCCAUGCAAUAAUCUGCGAGCGGAUAAACGGUAAAGCUCGAUUAACUAACAUGAAGAAUCAAGCAUGUGGAAGCCAGGCCAGUUGCGUCCCCAAAACAUCCGGGCUCUACCAUUGCGCGUGCAAUCCGGGGUACGUGGGUGACCCGUACGUUCGAUGCUCCAAAGGUCCAAAGGAUAUAAUGUUAGGCGACUCCCCCAAGAAGUGUAAUAACUGUCAUCCAAAAGCUGACUGUUUAGACGGACGCUGCGUCUGCAAACCCGGUUUCCUUGGUGACGGUGUCACAGCCUGCGAAGAUAAAUGUUUCUGCACGGUCAGUGGAGACCCUCACUACAUCACUUUUGACGGGCAGUUGAUUAACUACCAAGGUCCGUGUUCCUAUUUGCUGUCUAAGUCCACUGUCCUGGGAGAUCCUUGCGAAUUUCAGAUACAUAUCAAGAACAAGUUGCUCACUGAUCGUCCAAGAACCGUGAUUCCAGAACAAAUCCGUUUGGAAAUAUACGGCCAUAGAUACUACAUCUCGAAGAACGAGACUUACGUCGAUGACCAAUUCAAGUAUCCGCCAUCAAUUCACCUGAAUGGUAAUGUACACAUUUUUCGUUCGGGAAACUCGAACGGCAUUUCAACCAAAUGCGGCAUUCAGGUUCUUUUCAGUUCGUUCCACAGUGUCAAGGUGGUGAUCCCAAGGUUCUAUUCGCAAAAGGUGAUCGGACUCUGCGGAGACUGUAACCACGCCCAUGAUGACUUCCGAUUGCUCAAUGGCACAAAUGUCGCCAACUAUCCUCAAAAAGAUAAUCUUGUCGGAGACAGCUACAUUGCGUGGGAGAACCGUGACGACGAACAUUGUCGCGGUCCCGAGCCGAUCAUGUGUAGCAAGAUGAGCCGAUCUUCUGUCAAAACGCAUGACAAAUGCGGCCUAAUGGAAGAUGCGCGUGGCCCUUUCAGACAAUGUAUAGAGAACGCUCCGGACUUGGCUGAUCAGUUCUUCAAUGCCUGCUGGCGUGAUCUCUGCGUGCAUGGUAGCAACCAGGACAUUGUUUGUCGGAAGCUCAACGCUUUCGCAGACACAUGCGCAACGCUGGGUUUUCCUGCUCAAUGGAGAAACGAAAAAUUUUGCCGUGCUAAUUGCGCAGAAGGUAUGGAAUAUAAGAGUUGGACCCCAGGAUGCCUACCGUCGUGUGCGGAACCAAAUCCUCAGUCAUGUGAUCGAAUUAAUUCCGAGGGCUGCAUCUGCACGACUGGAUAUGUCAUCAGUGGACACAAAUGCGUCAAGUCCAAUCAAUGUGGAUGUUUUAAUAACAAAACUGGAGACUAUGUGCCACUUGGUUCGAAAUUUGUGUCAACCAUCUGCGAGAAAUUUGAAUGUCAGAUGCUAAAUGGGAAAGCUAGUCUUGUCAGUGAAGGCAAAAUCGUGUGCGUUCAGAAUGCUCGUUGCACAGUUUUUGCAAACCAAACAUUCGGCUGUACAUGUCAAGAAGGCUACACCGGAAACGGAUAUACACAUUUAAUCGAAGUUUAUCUAUCUAUCUAUCUAUCUAUCUAUCUAUCUAUCUAUCUAUCUAUUUCCUUCUUACUACAUACGUUUCUCUCUGCCCAUUACUUUAUCUAUUUCUAUCCACGUUUGAAGAGUUUCUCUCAAACAUAUUUUUUCUUUUUGUCCUGUCCAUUUUUUCCAGUGAGCCAUUUUCCCGAUGUGCAGAUGUUUGAGUCGGAGAGCUGCCCCAAAUGUCACCCACGGGCCAGUUGCAAGCAUAACAAAUGUGUCUGUCAUAACGGAUUCUACGGCGACGGGGUGAAUUCUUGCGAAAAACAGUGUAUCUGUCGAGCUACAGGUGACCCCCACUAUGCGACGUACGACGGUGCCUGGUUCCAUUACAUGGGAGUCUGUCGAUAUCUGCUGACACAAAGACUCGAAGCGGACCGUUGUGAUUUCCGCAUCGCAGCCAAGAAUGGAUAUCGAGACGAGCUGAAAGGAACAGGAAUUCUUUGGAUCGAGUUAGAAAUGUUUGGGAACAAAUAUCGCAUUGAAAAGCCAAAAAACAAGAGUUGUCCAAUACUUUUGAUUAACAACGUUGUCAAGGAGAUUGGUCAGAAUUAUGGUAGCAAUCAGAUAAGAUCCAACCUAUAUGGUCGACGCAGCAUAAUCUUGCAAACGUCAUGCAACAUGUCUGUCUCCUUUGAUGGCACAACUGCAGUGGUUUCUGUGCGACAAAGUCCAGGUCUAAUACUUCGAGGAAUGUGCGGCGAUUGUGACGGUAACAAAGAAAAUGAUAUACCGAUGGAGAGUAGCCUGAUGGCCCGUGACCACAUUGUGUAUGGAGAUACUUGGCGAAUACCAGAUCCUUCUGAUAAACCCGGGAAAACGUGUGAGGGUUUAUCACCCGUGAAGUGUUCAGAAAAUCAAGAAAAGUUGGCACGAUUGGGUAAAAAUUGCGGACAAUUGUUAGACACAGCUGGACCUUUCAAAGAAUGCAUCCAUUCCCUCCAAGACAUCAUGAAUCAGCAGUUUAUGAAUUGUAAAAUGGAGUUUUGCAUUGUUGGAGCAAGCCAAAGAGGUGUCACUUGCCCGAAACUUGAAGUUGCAGCUUCAAUCUGUGCAGCUCACGGUUUCAUUGUCUUGUGGAGAACAGAGAGUUUUUGUCCUGCUCCGUGCUCAGCAAGCCAACGGUACAACCCGUUUUCAUCUGGAUGCCCGGCGACUUGUGCUAACCCGAAGGCCAAAGAACUGUGCACUCUUCCAGCGGUUGAGAAUUGCGUUUGUAAACCUGGAUUCAUUUUGAAUGAAAAAAACAAUGAGUGCGUGAAAAACUGCCCACACGACCUUGAUAAACUCCCGGCUGACAGCCCAAGCGACCUGACGCUGAAAAGUAAAAAAAAUGUGGCUGGUACACCUGCUCAGAAAAAUGCCGAUUGCAAAAAAGUUAAUGGAGUUCCGAAAUGCGUGUGUCGGGAUGGAUUUUCUGGCAAUGGUAUCGAUGUAUGUGAUGAAGCGUAUUGUUCAUGCUCAGCAUCUGGUGAUCCCCACUAUAUAACAUUCGACUCCACCAGUCUGUAUCUUCUCGGCGAUUGUAAAUAUACAAUGGCCCGUACAGUGGGCGAUUCCAAGUGUCCGUUCGCGGUGGAAGUCAAGAAUGAACACCGUCUGUACUCGAAGUUUCCAACUCGUGCGUUCACAAGGCUGGUGGAUAUCAAAGUCUUUGGUCACGUGUACCAACUCCAUCUUUACAAACACUUAAACGUCGAUAAACAGAUGAAGCCAAUGCCGUAUAAAAACCCAAGUGGGACAGUGUCGGUGGAGAUGGAAGGCAAGUUCAUGAAGCUUGAGACUCAGUGUGGUCUAAGAGUGAGAUUUGAUGGCAUACACGCCGUGAUAAUCACUCUACCCAAGAGAUAUGCUGGUAAUGUGGAAGGAAUCUGCGGUAAUUGCGACGGAAAUCCCAAUAAUGAUCUGAUGCUUGCUGGUCGGGAUCUCUCGAAUAUCGCCAACAAGACAAAGGCCUACCAAGAAUUUGCAAGUCAAUAUCUUUUAUUGGAUGAUUCUGACCAGCCAGCGACAGAUCGUAUAUGCCGUGUUCCGUCUUGA